GGAUUGCUGCAUGGAGUCGGACUAAGACGUUCCUAGGCACUUCAAAGGGCAUUUCUUGGCGGGUUUUCCCUGCUGGUGCCUCGUGACCAAGUAGGUCUAACGAUGGCUAACGGCCGGCUAGCUCGGUAGCUAACACAAGCUAGGCCGAGGAUGAUGUAAACCGAGAUAUGUAUACAAACGAGAGUUACUUGGUAAAGGACCGUUUUACUUGAAGGAGUUACAUUUGAAGGCGUUACAGUUGUCCUUCAUAAGGUGACGUCACACCCACGACGUCUCGGCUUUGGCUUUGGCAGACACGGGAGCUCCCACGGCAGAUGAAAGGGAAACGCAAAUCAGCGACAGGUGUGCGUGAUAACGGAACAAACGCGAGGCGGGCGGGCGGGCGGACACAGGCCAGGAAAAACAGGCAAAGCUACCAAAAUAAGAGCCAAAACCGGAACUAAGACAAACAGGCCGCUGACACAAACCUUUACAACGAUACCUUCUGGAGUAAAAUACGGUGACUUUAUGAAACUAACCUUUACAAGAGUGAAAUGAGGGAUUUGAAGCUCAUUUUAACGAGUGGGAUUUGACCCUAAGGUUGUUGGGUCUGAGUUCUGCGGGUCAAGCCAAGGUGGCAGGCUGCUCUGAACUUCCUCUGAGUGUCCAGCAGAGGGACAUGUGCCGGAAGAGGAGCUUCCUGGUGCCCAGCAUCCGGGACGCGGCCCGACUGGCCAUCAGCGAGUGUCAGAACCAGUUCCGACACGAGCGCUGGAACUGCUCCACUCGGGAACACCCGUCCGUGUUUGGCCACGAGCUGACGAGCGGAACCAAAGAAACCGCCUUUCUGUACGCGGUGAUGGCGGCCGGCCUGGUCCACGCCGUCACGCGCUUCUGCAGCCACGGCAACGUGAGCGAAUGCGGCUGCGAUGCCCGCCUGAAGGGGGCGGGCUCUCCCGCCGAGGGCUGGCACUGGGGGGGCUGCUCGGACCACGUCCAGUACGGGACCUGGUUCAGCCGCAGGUUCAUCGACCACGCCGCCAAGAACGCAUCGACUGGCGCCAGAGGCCACGCUCUUCUCAACAUGAACGUGCACAACAGCGAGGCGGGGCGCCAGGCCGUCGUCAUGACCAUGUCUACCGACUGCCGCUGUCACGGCGUGUCGGGCUCGUGCGGCGUCAAGACGUGCUGGAGGACCAUGGCGCCGUUCGGCCGCGUGGGCGAGUAUCUGAAGGAGCGCUACGAGCACAGCGUCCAGGUGUGGAGGAAGAGCAGGAGGAAGGAGCCCCCUCCGCGGCCCCCGGUGGACAAACACCAGCUGGUCUUUGUCAACAAGUCGCCCAACUACUGCCUGGAGAACCGCCGCUGGGGCGUCUUCGGGACCGGCGGGCGCCGCUGCAACCGCACCUCCAGCGGGGCCGAUGGCUGCAAGCUGCUGUGCUGCGGCCGCGGCUACAACACGCACGUGGAACGCCACGUGCACCGCUGCGCGUGCAAGUUUGUGUGGUGCUGCUACGUGCGCUGCAGGCGCUGCGAGAGCAUGAGCGACACGCACACCUGCAAGUGACCCACGCGGCCACGCCCCCCUCGGACCUCUUCCCAACGCCUGCAAAAUGAGCAUGGAAACUUUCACAAUAAAUGGU